AUGGGUUUGGAAGGAAAUGACUGCAACGACAACGACGGUGGAAGGAAAGGGUGGUUGUUCGUCGGAGUUCACAUCGGAAACAGCAAGGCAAAUGUUGCGUUGAAAGGGAAAGGUUGUGGCGACGACAACAGUGGAAGGAAACAGUAUGAUGUUCCGGUGGUUGCUGGUACUUAUCUAGGGCUUGAUAGUUGGCACACUGUGAAGAUCAUCGCCUCCUUCCCAGAUUUGUUCGCUAAGGGGUUUUUAGAUGGUAACUCGAGAAUUAGAACCCUAAAUUUGAAUCUAAACUGA